CUCCCAUCAUUCCUGACAUCCUUUCCAUCCUGCAUCCCACUCACAUACCACUUACAUACCCAUACUGUUCAGUUCCCACAUACAUACACCAGCCUUGAGGCCUUGCUACACCUAACUUGCUAUAUCCUACUCACACACAACCCACUUACACAAGACCUGACAGCAACAACACUCUCCACUCUACCCUCAGAUCAAAGAAUCAAGAGUUUAUAAUGGAGUCAAUUCGUAACGUCAGCAACAAGUCCGCUAUCAACAUCAUCAACUCUACUCUCAAGACUACCACCAUGGCGACCGCCACCACUACCGCCACCACUACCGCCGCCAGUACUUCCCCAGGAGCGUCAGAAUCAAUCAUGACCCUCCACCAACGCAUCGCAAAGCGCCGCCGGGACUGGAACCUCGACCUCACAAACGGCCCAGUCUCCUCCCCAGCUGGAGCACCAGAAUCGGCGUCGACGCCCCUUCCUGCCCAGAACGCCAGACUCCAGUCUUGUACUUCAUUGCCACCUCAAAGCGCGGCAAUAACAUCCUACUCUUCCCUCCCUCUCCCCCCCCCCUCCACUUCUAGCAAGGACGUCAUCAACGACGAAUACCCCCUGGGCGAUGACAGUUCAGAGGAGUACGCCAUCUGCCCCGACACAGACUCGCUGCGCUACAAGCAAGAGUCUGACGUCGGCCUCUGGAGCGGGCCCCGUUCCUCGCCUGGGCCGAAGGCUAAGUACGCCAGGUCCCGCUCCUGGAGUUCCAGGCGGUCGGACAGCGGGUACUCCUCGGGCGGCGAGGAGCCCGUCGUCGUCGGUGAGGGCAGCGAGGGCAGCGAUAGUGAGAGCGACUCCGGCCUUGGCUUCUUCCUUGGCUUCCCGGAUGACAAGUUCGUUCUCUACGACAGCGGGGACAAUUCCGACAGUGAGUUCGACAGCGACUACGACUCUGAAGACGAUGAUAUCGUCAUGACCGACUCGUCUCCCCUUGGCAACUCUGGGGACGGCGAUAUCGUCAUGGCUGAAUACGACGGAGAUGACGACGUCGUUAUGGCAGACGUGGCCGAUGUUAGUGAAGACGAUGACGAUAUCUUGAUGCCUGAUUAUAUCGAAGACAACGGUAUCAUUAUGGCCGAUUACAGCGAGGACGUAGAGGUCGAUAUGACCGACUAUAUCGCCCUCGCGAACGACGGCGAUAACAACGGCCCCAUGUUCGGUUGGGAUAGCCCGAGCGAACUUAGGUGGUCCUCGCCUCCUGCCUCCCCUGGCUGGUCCGAACCAGAGGUGCUUUCAGGAUACACGGCCACCAACUGGGAUAACGGGGUGCCCGAACUGGUGAGGUAUCUCGAGUUCGACUACUCGGACAUCGAGUACGAUGGAGAGUACGAUGGAGAGAUACCCAUCGUGGUAAUCAGCUUGGCCAAGGAUGAGAAGGAUUACAAGUGAA